AAAAACCAAACACUCUCCUGCUAUCUCUACUUUUCCUCUCCACAAAACGACGUCGUUGGAUCGUACGUGUCCGUAUACAUGAUCAACCGCCCCAUCCGAAUUUCAGACAUUUUCUCUUUCUGAAACUCCCCGCUAUUUCUUCAAUUUCGCACCCCUAGGUUUCAAUUCCAGUCAUCAAUGGGUGCCAACAUCUCCGGCAUUGACGCCGACACCGACGGUGACAACAAUCCGCCGUCUAGGCCCAAACUUGGAGACAUUCCCGAGAGCUGUUUGGCGUUGGUUCUGAUGAACCUUGAUCCGCCGGAGAUUUGCAAAUUGGCGCGGUUAAACCGCGCCUUUCGCGGGGCCUCCGCUGCUGAUUUCAUCUGGGAAGCGAAGUUGCCUCCAAAUUACCGGUCUUUGAUUCAGGAGUUGAAGAUUUUUGAUGAGUUUUCAAUGAAUUUGAGGAAGAAAGCCAUUUAUGCGAGGCUGUGUAGACCUAAUCCGUUUGAUGGUGGCACCAAGGAAGUUUGGCUGGAUAAGAGAACAGGUGGUGUUUGUUUUUCAAUUUCAUCAAAAGCACUAACAAUUACUGGCAUCGAUGACCGAAGAUACUGGAAUCACAUUCCAACUGAGGAAUCAAGAUUCCAGACGGUUGCAUAUCUUCAACAGACCUGGUGGUUUGAAGUAGAUGGAGAAUUUGAAUUCCGAUUUCCCCCUGGAACGUAUAGCCUGUUCUUCAGACUGCAUCUUGGCAGGGCAUCUAAGAGACUGGGCCGCCGUGUCUGUAAUCCUGAACACAUCCAUGGUUGGGACAUAAAACCUGUAAAGUUCCAGCUAACAACAUCAGAAGGUCAACAUGCUGUAUCCAAGUGCUAUUUAGAAAAUCCCGGAAACUGGAUCCAUCACCAUGUAGGAGAUUUUGUGGUUGAGCAUGGUGAUACAGCAAUGAAGAUCAAAUUUUCAGCAACACAGAUUGAUUGCACUCACACAAAAGGUGGUGUCUGUGUAGACUCUGUUUUGAUAUGCCCCUGGAGUAUAGGCAAAGAGGUUAGACAACAUUUGUAGGCACUAAGAACUGUAAAAUGUAGAAGAGCAAGAGCCCAAAGAGGAUCCAAAGCAAAAUUCAACACAGUUUGGCUCUUGGGGCAUGAUGUUUUUCAAGUGAUGUGGAUAUUCUUUUCCCUUCUAAUUUUGAUUUGUUUUGGAGACUGUCUAGUUUGAUUGGUUCUUCCCUCUGCUGUCAAACCAAUAAAAUGUUGGCUGUAUAUAAAUCCCUAGAAACAUAAGCCAUUGUAUUGGGUGGUUUGAAGUGAUAAGAGAGUGUGAGAUGUGGAAGCCUUUUUCCCUUCCAAGUUUGUGGCAACUUUGUGUAUAGAUAUUCUUUUAUAUUUUUGGAAGCCCUUGUGGUUCAGAUGUCUC